CAUCACAAAGCUCUGCCUGAUCGAGAUGAACCAGGAGGAACUGGCCGACACACUGUGGGGUGGAGCUGUUGCUGUUGGGUGCCAACAUAAAAUCAAGUCUCAUCUGAGGGAGAAGUUCAGGAAUGAGUUUGAGGGAAUUGCUAAAGCAGGACAGCCAACAGGUCUGAAUGACUUCUACACCGAGCUCCUCAUCACAGCGAGAGGCAGUGGAGAGGUCAACCAGGAACAUGAGAUCAGACUUAUUGAAACAGCCUCCAGGAAACCAGCCAGGGAGGAAACACAGAUCAAAUGCGAAGACAUCUUUAAACCCUUAGCUGGACAAGAUCAACCAAUCAGAACAAUAAUGACAACGGGAGUGGCCGGCAUUGGUAAAACCGUAUUAACCCACAAGUUCACUCUGGACUGGGCGGAAGGCAAAGCCAACCACGACAUACACUUCACAUUUCUCUUGACUUUCAGAGAGCUGAAUUUACUGAAAGGGAAAGAGUUUAGCUUGGUGGAACUUCUUCAUUACUUCUUCAUUGAAACCAAAAUAGCAGCAAUCUGCAGAUUUGAAUGGUUCCAAGUUGUCUUCAUCUUGGAUGGUCUAGAUGAGUGCCGACUGCCUCUGGACUUCCAGAACAACCAGAGCUGGACUGAUGUCACAAUGCCGACCUCGGUGGACGUGCUGCUGACAAACCUCAUCAGGGGCAACCUGCUUCCCUCCGCUCGCAUCUGGAUAACCACACGCCCUGGGGCAGCCAAUAAGAUCCCUGCUGAGUGUGUUGACAUGGUGACAGAGGUGAGGGGCUUCAAUGACUCACAGAAGGAGGAGUACUUUCAGAAGAAAUUCAGCGAUGAGACACUGGCCAGCACAAUCAUCUCCCAUGUCAAGAAAUCACGAAGCCUCCACAUCAUGUGUCACAUCCCAGUCUUCUGUUGGAUCUCUGCAACUGUUCUUGAAGACCUCUUCCAACCAUCCCAGAGAGUAAAAGAGAUGCCCAAGACUGUGACCCAGAUGUACAUCUACUUCCUGAGGGUUCAGUCCAUACAGGCGGACAUGAAGUACCAUGGGAGAGCUGAAAAAGAUCUAGACUGGAGUUCAGAGAGCAGGGAGAUCAUUGUUUCUCUUGGAAAACUGGCUUUUAACCAGCUGGAGAAAGGCAACCUAAUCUUCUACGAGACAGACCUGGCAGAGUGUGGCAUCGAUAUCAGAGCAGCCUCAGUGUACUCAGGAGUGUUCACCCAGAUCUUUAAAGAGGAGUGUUGGCUGUACCAGGACAAGGUGUUCUGCUUUGUCCAUCUGAGCAUCCAGGAGUUUCUAGCUGCACUUUAUGUCCUUCAGUCCUUCAUCAACACUGGUGUCAAUCUAUUCUCAGAAGAACCAGCUACCCCCGGAAAAGAUGAACUCUUCCUCUACCAGAGUGCUGUGGACAAGGCCUUACAGUGUGAGAACGGACACCUGGACUUGUUCCUCCGCUUCCUCCUGGGCCUCUCUCUGGAGACCAAUCAGAAACUCCUACGAGGUCUGCUGGGAAAGACAGGAAGUAGAUCAAUGACAACUCAGUUUAAACAAGGUCUGCUUUGGCUGACAGGAAGACAGCCCAAUCAGAGAACAGUCUGUUACAUCAAGGAGAAAAUAAAUGGAGAUAUCCCUCCAGAGAGAAGCAUCAAUCUGCUCCACUGUCUGAAUGAGUUGAACGACCCUUCUCUAGUGGAGGAGAUCCAACAGUCCCUUACAUCAGGAAGACUAUUCAUGGAAUCUCUCUCCCCUGCUCAGUGGUCUGCCCUGGUCUUCAUCUUACUGUCGUCAGAUGAGGAGCUGGAUGUGUUUGACCUGAAGAAAUACUCUGCUUCAGAGGAAGGUCUUCUGAGGCUGGUGCCAGUGGUCAAAGCCUCCAAAAUAUCUCUGCUGAAUGACUGUCUUCUGUCAGAGAGAUGCUGUGAAGCUCUGGCCUCCGUUCUCAGCUCCAGCGCCUCUAGUCUGAGAGAGCUGGACCUGAGUACCAAUGAUCUGCAGGAUUCAGGAGUGAAAUUGCUCUCUUCUGGACUGGGGAGUCCACACUGUACACUGGAAACUCUCAGGCUGAAUGGCUGUCAGCUGUCAGAGAGAUGCUGUGAAGCUCUGGCCUCAGUUCUCAGCUCCAACUCCUCUAGUCUGAGGGAGCUGGACCUUAGUAUCAAUGAUCUGCAGGAUUCAGGAGUGAAGCUGCUCUCUGCUGGACUGGGGAGUCCACACUGUACAUUGGAAACUCUCAGGCUGUAUGGCUGUCGUCUGUCAGAGAGAUGCUGUGAAGCUCUGGCCUCAGUUCUCAUCUCCAACUCCUCUAGUCUGAGAGAGCUGGAUCUGAGUACCAAUGAUCUGCAGGAUUCAGGAGUGAGGCUGCUCUCUGCUGGACUGGGGAGUCCACUAUGUGCACUGGAAACUCUCAGGCUGAAAGGCUGUCAUCUGUCAGAGAGAUGCUGUGAAGCUCUGGCCUCAGUUCUCAGCUCCAACUUCUCUAGUCUGAGAGAACUGGACCUGAGUACCAAUAAUCUGCAGGAUUCAGGAGUGAAGCUGCUCUCUGCUGGACUGGGGAGUCCCCACUGUACACUGGAAACUCUCAGCUUGUCUGGCUGCCUGGUCACUCAGGAAGGCUGUGCCUCUCUGACCUCAGCUCUGAGCUCCAACCCCUCCCAUCUGAGAGCGCUGGACCUGAGCUACAAUCACCCAGGAGACUCAGGAGCUACGCUGCUCUCUGCUGGACUGGAGGAUCCACGUUGGAGGCUUGAAACUCUCAGUGUGGACCACGGUGGAGUGGUGAGGCUGAAACCAGCUCCACAGAGGUAUGCCUGUGAACUCACACUGGACCCAAACACAGCCCACAGACAACUCUCUCUGUCUGAGGACAACAGAAAGGUGACAGUGGUUGGAGAGGACCAGUCGUAUCCUGAUCACCCAGAGAGGUCGGACUUCCAAUACCAGGUGUUGUGUAGAGAGGCUCUGACUGGCCACUGUUACUGGGAGGCAGAGUGGGAAGGAGAUGUUCGUAUCGGAGUGACAUCCAGACGAAGCACAAGGAGAGGAGAGGGUGUUAAAUCUUUAGAUGAAGAUGGUUACUUUGCCUACUUCAGUCAUAGGACAGACGCUGGCUCUAACAGAUACGGGUAA